UUCGUCGAUUUAGCUCACUGCAACCACAGCUACUCAGAGAACAGUCACCGUUGGUUACUCCAUGUAUCAAGUAUCAACCUGCAGUGAGCAGUCCAACUCUUAACCUUCUCAACAGAUGGUAAUCCUACAUGAUAAUGAGAUGCAGGGCCAUCAAGUCAAAGUCCAUCACUAGUACCUUGUCAGCAGUACCAGUCAUUGUUGGACCAGGCCUUCCAUGAAUUCCUAUCCACCUCAGCUCCCUGACAGUCUUUUUAUAAACCCCACUCCCCUGCAAGAAUCUGCAGAAGAACAUACAGAAACCAGUGAGCCACCCACCAAUAGUUUCCUUCCAUCCAUGGCAUGCAUCAACACCUUCCAGAGUUGCUCCAUUGCCAGAGGGGCAAAGAUCAACACAAGAGCUAGGGGCAGUGCUGGAAAGGGAUCACCAACCUUUCAGUGCAGGGCGUCCACUUUCGUUGACGCCAGCCUACGGCUUGGGCUCGACGAGAACCCUGAGGCAAUCAUCUCAGGCGAGUGGCCUGAGAACUUCUCCCUUCUCAGCUACGAUGAUCUCCGUGCCUACCUUCAGUCACAGGAGACCGUCCAAGAAGGCAAUCAGCAGGUAGCUCUCUUGAGUGAGACCAUGUCAACACCUGUGCUAGUGGCCACAGCAGAGCAGACGCUGGAGGAGGUGGAAUGCCACUUUGAGGCUGUCUCAGGGCUUCCAGUUGUAGACAGCAGCCUCAGAUGUGUUGGGGUGGUCGUCAAGAAUGACCGGAACAAAGCUUCGCACGGGCCAAAAACAAAGAUUGAAGAAGUAAUGACCUCUCCAGCCAUCACAAUAUCAUCAGAUAAAACAGUGAUGGAUGCUGCAGUUCUGAUGCUCAAGAAGAAAAUUCACAGACUACCAAUUGUAAAUCAGGAUAAACAAGUGAUAGGUAUAGUUACCCGUGCUGAUGUUCUUCGCGAGUUGGAAGGACUGCUGAAGAUUUAGAAGGGCAGCAUUCCAUGCUCGGAAGUCAGAACUUGUUGUAAAUAUGUCCAUGGUGUUUUUGAGUGGUAGCAAGCAGAUCUAUAAUCUGUAGGAGUGCGCUGUAGAAUCGGUGAAAAUAAGCCAGGAAGAGUUUGAGAUCUUGUCCUCGUAAAAGUAGCACACCAGGAAACUUCUUCUCUGUAUUGUACUGCUCGCACAACCAAAUGCUGUAACAAGUCAAAUAUUUCCAGAGCAAUAUAAAUAGACGUGCCUAAAUAAUCUUUCAGAA